UGCGUGGAUGUGUGUGUGUGUGUUUCGGUUAGAUGUGUGUGAGAGUGUAAUCUGCCUCCUCUCGUGUUGAUGUCGACGCGCUGCAGGCCGACUGUGACUGGUGAAUAACCGGAACAAAAAUUUAAAAAAAGGAAAAAAAAAAAAAAAAAAAAAGAGCAAAAACAAAAAACAAAAACAAAACACCUUCAGCCCGACCGCAGCACGCCGAUCCCCUGAGUCACAACUCCGCUGGGUCCCGAACGACCAUGAGCCUGCCUCGGCCGGACGAGUUCAAGCCUCCCCCGGAGUGCCCGGUCUUCGAGCCCAGCUGGGAAGAAUUUCGAGAUCCGUAUGCUUUCAUCAACAAGAUCCGGCCCAUUGCAGAGAGGACGGGGAUCUGCAAAGUCCGGCCGCCGCCGGACUGGCAGCCACCAUUUGCCUGCGAUGUUGACAAGCUUCACUUUGUCCCUCGCAUCCAGCGGCUCAAUGAGCUGGAGGCACAGACGAGGGUCAAGCUCAAUUUUUUGGACCAGAUUGCCAAAUUUUGGGAUUUGCAGGGAUGUACCCUGAAGAUCCCUCAUGUGGAGAGGAAGAUCCUGGACUUAUAUAAGCUAAACAAGCUCGUUGCAGAUGAGGGGGGAUUUGACAUCGUCUGCCAGGACAGGCGGUGGACCAAGAUUGCAGUUCAAAUGGGCUUCUCUCCCGGCAAAGCCGUCGGCUCACACCUGCGAGGCCAUUAUGAAAGAAUCCUCUAUCCCUACAAUCUGUUUCAGAGCGGAGCUAACCUGCUGGCACAAGAACCAGCUUCCAAACUGAUGCGUUUGGAGGCUGAUCCUGACCUUGAAAAGUGUGUCCAGAAACCCGACCAGUCGGCAGAGAAGAUGAGCGACGACGAGCCCAAGCUGCAGGAGCCGAUUCAGAGAGCGCCGGCCCCCCCGCCUGAUGUUUGCCCCAGCGCUCGCCGAGCCAAGCGCAUGAAGAUUGAGACUACCUGUGUGAAGACUGAGCCAGGUGAGAUGGGGGAUAGCAAGCCCAAUCUGAGGAGGAGGAUGGGCUCUAUUGUCGUAAAGCAAGAACCAGAAAAACCGAUUCCCAUUUUAGUAAAACAAGAACCAGUCGAGUUUAAGGAACCAAUAAUCGAAGCAGACAAAUUCAAGUCCCGCUACAAGAAGAUGAUUCCUCUCGUUCCUCUGAGUCCAGUGGAUCUGGUAGUGUGUCUGGUAUGUGGGAGCGGAGCCGACGAGGACCGGCUGCUGCUGUGUGACGGCUGUGACGACAGCUACCACACCUUCUGUCUGAUCCCCCCGCUGCACGACGUCCCCAAAGGAGACUGGCGGUGCCCCAAGUGUCUGGCUCAGGAAUGCAGCAAACCUCACGAGGCGUUCGGGUUUGAACAGGCACACAGGGACUAUUCUCUGCGUGCGUUCGGCCAAAUGGCAGAUGCGUUCAAAUCUGACUACUUCAACAUGCCGGUUCAUAUGGUACCCAUGGAGCUGGUGGAGAAAGAGUUCUGGCGCCUGGUUGGAGCCAUCGAGGAGGACGUUACCGUGGAGUACGGAGCUGAUAUCGCCUCCAAGGAGUUUGGGAGCGGAUUCCCCAUCCCAAAUGGAAAAUUUAAGGUUUCCCCAGCAGAUGAGAAAUACCUUAAAUGUGGCUGGAAUCUGAACAAUCUGGCCAUGAUGAACCCAUCGGUUCUGACUCAUGUGACAGCUGACAUCUGCGGGAUGACGCUGCCCUGGCUCUAUGUUGGCAUGUGCUUCUCCUCAUUCUGCUGGCACAUUGAGGAUCACUGGAGCUACUCCAUCAACUACCUGCACUGGGGCGAACCGAAGACCUGGUAUGGUGCUCCUGGCUUUGCUGCUGAGCAGCUGGAGAAGGUGAUGAAAAAACUGGCUCCAGAGCUGUUUGAGUCCCAGCCGGACCUGCUGCAUCAACUGGUCACCAUCAUGAAUCCCAACACUCUGAUGGCGCACGGCGUCCCGAUUUACAGAACCAACCAGUGCGCCGGUGAGUUCGUCAUCACGUUUCCCAGAGCGUAUCACAGCGGCUUUAAUCAGGGCUUUAACUUCGCUGAGGCGGUCAACUUCUGCACCGUGGACUGGAUGCCCCUGGGCAGGCAGUGUGUGGAUCACUAUCGUCUGCUGCAUCGCUACAACGUCUUCUCCCACGAUGAGAUGGUGUGCAACAUGGCCACCAAAGCAGAAACGCUCAAUGUGGUUCUGGCCUCAGCCGUUCACAAGGACAUGGCCCUCAUGAUCAAAGAGGAGCAGGAACUGAGGGACAAAGUCAAGAAAAUGGGGGUGGUGAACUGCAAGGAGGCAAAAUAUGAUCACCUCCAAGAUGAUGAGCGUCAGUGUGCGAAGUGCAGGACCACCUGCUACCUUUCCGCCAUCACCUGCCCCUGCAGCCCAGGUGUGCUGGUCUGUCUCUACCACAUCAACAGCCUCUGCUCCUGCCCCGUCUCCAACUACACUCUCAACUACAGAUACACUAUGGAUGACCUGUUCCCCAUGAUGAACGCCGUGAAGCAGCGAGCCGAGCUCUAUGAUGAAUGGGCCUCUCGUGUCACUCAGACUCUGGAGGCCAAACUGGAGAAGAAAAAAGGUCUGCCCGUCUUUCGCUCUCUUCUCACUGAGUCAGAGACCAGACUGUUCCCCGACAACGACCUGCUGCGGCGGCUGCGGCUCGUCACACAGGACGCAGAGAAAUGCGCCUCGGUGGCCCAGCAGCUGUUGAACGGCAAGAAGCAGACCAGGUAUCGGUGCGGGAGUGGAAAGUCUCGCAGCCAGCUAACGGUGGAAGAGCUCAGCUCCUUUGUGAGGCAGCUGUACAACCUGUGCUGCAGCCUCCCGCAGGCACCUCAGCUCAAGGAACUCUUGAAUCGGAUUGAAGACUUCCAACAGCACAGCGAGAAGGUCCUGGUGGAGGAGUCACCCAGCAUCGCAGAGAUCCAGAGCCUCCUGGACGUCAGCUUUGACUUCGAUGUGGACCUGCCGGAGUUGCCUCAGCUGCGGGAGCGUCUGGAGCAGGCCAGGUGGCUGGAGGCCGUGCAGUUGGCCAGCGCCCAGCCCAACACGCUCACCCUGGAGGCCAUGAGGAGACUCAUCGACCAGGGAGUGGGCUUGGCACCGCAUCCGUCCGUGGAGAAAGCGAUGGCGCGGCUCCAGGAGCAGCUCACUCUGUCGGAGCACUGGGAGGACAAGGCGAGCAGCCUGCUGAAGGCCAGGCCACCUCACUCCAUAGAGACUCUGAGCGCUGCUGCUGAAAAGGCUUCCGUCAUCCCAGCUCACCUCCCAAACUGUCUGCUGCUGAAAGACGCCAUCAGGAAAGCACGGGAGUGGCUUCAAGAAGCCGAGGAGCAGCAGGCCAGCGGCUGCGUCUUGAUGGUGGACAGACUCUCCGACAUGCUGCUACGCGGACAAGCCAUCCAAGUGCAACUGGAGCCGUUGGACCGGCUGGAGUCUCUGAUGGCAGACGUGCAAAAGUGGAAAGAAUCUGCAGCUGCAACUUUCCUUCUAAAGGACUCGACUCUUACAUUGCUGGAGGUCCUGUGUCCAAGAUUUGAAGCUGGAGCUGUCGGUUCUCCGAAGAGGAAGGCCAAGAAGGGGAAAGAAUCCCUGAAAAAUAACAAAAAGAAAUCCACACGACUGAACUGUCUCAGCGAUGUGGAGAAAGCUCUUUCAGAGACCAAGGACUCUACCUCUGCAUUGGCGACUCUGGAGGAGCUGCGCGUGAGGGAGAUGGAAACCUUCUUCAAUCUCAGGGCGGCAAACGAAUCGAAGCUCCUCCCCACAGCGGACUGCAUGGACCUGAAGGUGUGUUUCUGCCAGAAGGCACCCAUGGGAGCCAUGCUGCAGUGCGAGCUCUGCCGGGACGCUUUCCACAGCGUGUGUGUCAGGGACCCGGCCGAGUCGCGCGAAACCCAGCCGUGGCUCUGUCCGCACUGCCAGCGAUCCGAGAAGCCCCCGCUCAGCAAGGUCCUCUCCCUGCUGGCGUCCCUGCACGGCGUAGGCGUGCAUCUGCCGGAGGGCGACGCCCUGAACUAUCUGGUAGAGAGAACUCUUAACUGGCAGCAGCGAACGCAGCAGAUUUUACAGACGUGUAACCUGCCGGAGUUAGAGGAGAGACCGGAAACACCUCCAACACUAACCCACUGGGUGUCGGGCUGCGACAACACCCACAACAACACUCAGGCUCCAUGUUUGACUCCAGAGUGGAACAGGACAAGCCAUGCUCAGACCGUCUUUUACACCGAGCAGAGAUGCAUCCCACUACAGGGGCUGAACUGCGAGCUAGAGGAGCUGAUGGUGGAGGGGCUACUGCUGCAGGUGUCGCUGCCGCAGGUCCAAAGCCUGUACCACAUCCUACUGGACCGAGCCAACAGCCAGCACUCCAACAGAGCCGUUUCGCCGGCCGAGGACGACCCGACAGAACACAGCAAACACAUGGAGUUCAUCUCUCAGGGAACAAAUAUGGCACUGAACGAGGAUGGGAACGACGACACGACGGACGUCAUGACGGACGCCAUGACGGACACCAUGACAGCCUCAGAAAGGAAGGCGAAGAGGCGUCUGGAGAGGGAUGGUUUACCGAACGCAGAGAAAAGGGGGAAAGAUAAAAAACACUCCCACAAAAGACAGAAGGUGAAUAAGAAGAAGCUGCAGCGCCGGCCGGCUUCGACCUCGUCCUCCCCGCGCUCCGACUUCUCCCAGUCCGACGAUUCUGACGAAGAAAUGGCUGUGUGUCCCGCUGAAAGUUGUCUGCUGCCCGAAGGAGACGAGGUGGACUGGGUCCAGUGUGAUGGCAGAUGCAACCAGUGGUUCCACCAAGUCUGCGUCGGCGUCACGGCGGAGACGGCCGAGAAGGAGGACUACGUUUGCGUCGCGUGUUCGCUGAACGAUCGACAGACGAGAAAGUGAAGAAAAUGAAUUUUUAAUAUUUUUUUUAAGUUUUUGGGAAGUCUGCAGCUCCUCGGUCCGUUCCUGAAGCGUCACUGAUCCUGUCCCCGUCCCUCCCCCACACAGUCCCACCUCUCUGACCCUUUUGUAACAAUGGUGCUAUCUCCUCUUUGACUUGUCGUCCAGAACUAUAAUGUCUAGGGUUUUUUUGUAUUUUUACAUAUAUUAUAUAUAUAUAUUUCUUUCUUUCUUAUAAAUUGUUGUGGUUGUCUAAAUGGAAAAAAGAAACAAAGGACAUUAAGUGUGCUGCAUGGGUCUGCAUUUCAUCGGCACAACGGAGUCUUACACCACGAUACCCCAAGUAAAAAGCGCUAAGGAUUCAAAUUUAUCUUCUUUGGAGCCUCUUUGCAUGUUUCACAGAGUUAUGGGGGAUGAAAAGGAGUUAUUAACCCCAGUAAAAAUAACUAUAAUUGCUUUUUGUUUUUCUUUAAAUCUCGUUGUUUAGUCCAUGCAUCUUAAUAUAAUUAUUCCCGUUUUUGUUUUUGUAGAAUAGGUUUUAUUUAUCUGAGCAAUAAUUUUUUUUUUUUUACUUUGAUGGCUUGAUCUCUGCCAAGUUGUGUUUUUAGCGAUGAUGUUGAUGUAAUGUAAAGAAAGUUACGUGGACGGGUUACGGCUGCGGAGACGUACCAGAGCACGCCGGAGGAAAAGCGAAAAAAACGAAACACGCUGCUGACAUGCAGAUCCGCAGGAUGGUAACCGCGCAUACGAUAGAGAGGAAAGGUGAAGAUGUUACAAUUUAUAUUGUGGAAUAAAGACCUUUUGUUCUAUGGA